GUUUGAUAUUCCGAAUCCUGUAUCGUCGGGUGCAAACAGUUUGACCAAGUUGGAAAUAGCCUGUGUAUAGAAUCACUAUUCCUGCUUUAACAUCCUGACUCGUCAGAGAGAGUUUGGCGGAUUCAUCUGCCCUCAUUGAAUAAGCCACAAUCACCACGUCGUCAUCAACCUGCAUUGGCUUUUUCACUCUUUUUCAGGGCAUAUUCAACCACAUGAGUCUACUUACAACUACAUUCAUCUCUACCUCGAGUUACCUCAGGUCGCCCUGAGUCCUUCUUUUCCGUUUAAGUCAAUAAUUAUCCCUCAAACUCACCUUCACCUCGACCAUUACUACCGCAUCAUCCAAAAUGGCGCGAAAUCGCAAUAAUCCAAAAGGAAAACGUUCGAAGGGGCCCAUUUCACAACCUCUACCGUCAUGCCACGGUGCUUCCCAGCAGGUACAGCGGCCUGUAGCUCCCUGGCUAGACGGACCCAACCAGAAUGCUUCAUCGGCAUCGCCCUCCAGAGCAGGUCGUCGUGGUCACACUCUUGCCGACGAGGUUAGAAACACGGCACAGAGACCGCGUGGCCUCUUCGGGCAAGAUUCGAAGCUGAGACGUCAGCCAGUCAAAUUUGUCAGUGCAGGCUUCAUGGACCCUUUGAAGGACCUCGAAAAAGACCUCGAAGCCCAGCACAAAGAAGCGAACCAAAUUCCGCAGGAGCAACAGGUUGUGACGAAACUAGCAGUAUCUGAAACCACGAGUGUUAGCUCCAGCGUCGAAAAGGACCCCGUUGACCAAAUCCCCAUCCACUCCAAGGAUGUUGAGCCCGUGGAAACCACCAUGACGCCCAAAGAUGCUCGCGGCCCGUCCCCAUCUCAGCUCUUUACUGUAGAUACUGAGGGUGACAAAGGACUAUGUGCAAAGAAACAACCGGCUGUUGUCAUACCGGAUGAUCAUAACGAGGGUCCUGACACGGAUUCCAGUGAAGACGUCAUCCUUUUCAAAGGCCGCGGUGCAGCUCGAGGAAAGGCUGCGACGAACUUGGCUGGUUUUAAUACACCCAAGAAAAGUCUCGACUCAAUGAAACUUAACCAGUUGGAUGUAGAGAUCAAAGUCGUAGAGAAGACGAUUCAGCUUGAGGAACCUUCUAACUCGGGGCCCUCACAGCUGGACAAGGUCCGUCCCGAAGAGAACAAGCUGCAGUCAAAAUCUCAAAAACGCCGAAGAAAUACUCAGUCAGAAGAGGAGGCGGCCAUUAUUGCUGAUUAUAUAGCCAACAUGGACAAUGAAGGUGAAGAGGAGGGGCAUCCGGGGCUUGGCUCGCAUGCUUUCCACAUGCUCAGAGAUCUCGGAGGCACCGAUAGCGACGCAGUUCCCGAGGUUGGAUCUGAAGAUGAUGCCAGUGAAGAUAAGUCUAGCGGCGACGAAGAUUCUGUCGGUAUACAUCGCAAGGCCGAGCUUGCUGAUGAGAGAAUGGCCCGGAUUCUGGCCAAUCAAGAGGAGCUAGGCCUCGAUGCUGAUGAUAUCAUGCUCUACGAUGGUGCAGAUGACGAAGGCGACGAUGGAGAAGGCGGAUGGCAGAUUGCCCCGAAGCUCAGCCCUCGUCGUAAGAAGAAGGGUGCAUCAUUUAAGGCUAAGAUCAUCCAGAAGAAGGGGCAAUACCCCAGUGCAACGCAGUUGGCAAACGCAAUCGACGGAGAAUUGGACCUUAUGGAUUGGAAUCGCCCGGCUCUCAACAACUUCUCUACUAAGAAACGGAAGUCCAGUCCUCCGGAAGUAUCAGACUCGGAGCUGGAGGAAGCGAUGAAUUUGGCUUGGCAGAGGGACCGUCUUACGAAGGCGGAAAAGAAGAAGCAGCGAGAGGCUCUCCGUGCCCAAGGAUUACUCGGUAAGAACGUCGAUCCUGAUGAUCUUCGAAUCAAGUAUUCUGCGGGCAUGAGGACCGAUGACCUCACCUACGAGUUGGAGCAGUUUCUUCUAGGCGAUAAGGAGCAGCUUAUCCUUCCACCGCUCGAAAAGGCGGCCCGUCGCCUCAUCCACAUGGCCUGCCAGCGACUUGGCAUUAAGACGCAGUCAGCUGGCAAAGGAAACAGUCGUUAUCCCAUCCUGUAUCGUACCAAGGCAACUAUCCAGUACGACGACCAAGCCGUCAGAUCAGCAACCAGACGCUUUCUCAACCAGUCGUACUAUGCCCGCGCUGAUGCGGAUGCGGAAGCUAUUAAGGAACACAAGUCGAGAUCGCGCAAAGAGACCACCACAAUGGAUCGCGGCCGCAACGCUAUCAGCUACCGCGAAGGCGAAGUGGUUGGUCAACAUGCAGCUGAGCUAGGUACAGGGAACAAGGGCAGGCUACUACUGGAGAAGAUGGGCUGGUCUAAGGGAAUGACCCUCGGGACCGGCGAAAACAAGGGCAUUAUGGUGCCUGUCAUGCACGUGGUGAAGAAGACCAAAGCCGGCUUGGGCGAUACCUAGGUUCAUGCCCAAGAUCAGCAUCAAGGUUAUCAUCAGAACAGGCCUAACAACGAAAAUAGAAGGUCGUGUCCACAUUCCAGAAUUGGGCUGGGUCGUCAACGAAUGGAUAGGGGGAGGCUAUCCCAAGCAUCAGAAUUAGAACAAGGCCAGGCAGCUUGACUUCCAAGCAAAAAGGAGUGGAGUUUCUCAACUCGGAGUUGUGCUAGACUUGGCGACGUCAACGGUUCUAUUUCAUACAACAAUACUCAUAUGGCAGAUGACACCUGCACAGAUAGCAGAAUCAAGCUUCGCAAAAAGUCGAACGGAGCUAUGGUUGAAUUACAAUUUUAUAAA